AUGAGACUCAAUCCUGGAAGCACAUCUCACGACUCAGCAAGCUGCAAGAUCGCUGCUGUACCGACGAGGCCACAGCAUCACCCUGAGGAGGACAGCAGCGUGGGUAAAGCUGUAAGAUGGGGCUGGUCUUCCAGGUACCUCCAGACAGCCUUCAUCCUGGAAGUUGGACCUCUGGAAGCUGGCCUCCUGGAAGCUGGACUCCUGGAAGCUGGCCUCCUGGAAGCUGGACCUCUGGGAGCUGGCCUCCAGGAAGCUGACCUCCUGGAAGCUGGACCCCUGGAAGCUGGCCUCCAAGAAGCUGAACCUCUGGAAACUGGCCUCCUGGAAGCUGGCCCCCUGGAAGCUGGACUCCAGGAAGCUGGCCCCCUGGAAGCUGGCCUCCUAGAAGCUAGCCUCCUGGAAGCUGGCCCCCUGGAAGCUGGACCCCUGGAAGCUGGACCCCUGGAAGCUGGACCCCUGGAAGCUGGCCUCCUAGAAGCUAGCCUCCUAGAAGCUAGCCUCCUGGAAGCUGGACCCCUGGAAGCUGGACCCCUGGAAAUCCAAGUCAGCAAGAAUAGUGGGAGACCAUCAGGGGUCAGCAAGAAUAGUGGAAGACCAUCAGGGGUCAGCAAGAAUAGUGGGAGACCAUCAGGGGUCAGCAAGAAUAUUGGUAGACCAUCAGGGGUCAGCAAGAAUAGUGGUAGACCAUCAGGGGUCAGCAAGAAUAGUGGAAGACCAUCAGGGGUCAGCAAGAAUAUUGGUAGACCAUCAGGGGUCACCAAGAAUAGUUUCAGACCAUCAGGGAUCACCAAGAACAGUGGAAGACCAUCAGGGGUCACCAAGAAUAGUGAGAGAACAUCAGGGGUCAGCAAGAAUAGUGAGAGACCAUCAGGGGUCAGCAAGAAUAGUGGAAGACCAUCAGGGGUCACCAAUAACAGUGGAAGACCAUCAGGGGUCACCAAGAACAGUGAGAGACCAUCAGGGGUCACCAAGAUAAGUGGGAGACCAUCAGGGGUCAGCAAGAAUAGUGGAAGACCAUCAGGGGUCACCAAGAAUAGUGGAAGACCAUCAGGGGUCACCAAGAAUAGUGGAAGACCAUCAGGGGUCACCAAGAAUAGUGGAAGACCAUCAGGGGUCACCAAGAAUAGUGGAAGACCAUCAGGGGUCACCAAGAAUAGUGAGAGACCAUCAGGGGUCACCAAGAAUAGUGGGAGACCAUCAGGGGUCACCAAGAAUAGUGGGAGACCAUCAGGGGUCACCAAGAAUAGUGAGAGACCAUCAGGGGUCACCAAGAAUAGUGAGAGACCAUCAGGGGUCACCAAGAAUAGUGAGAGACCAUCAGGGGUCACCAAGAAUAGUGAGAGACCAUCAGGGGUCACCAAGAAUAGUGAGAGACCAUCAGGGGUCAGCAAGAAUAGUGGAAGACCAUCAGGGGUCACCAAGAAUAGUGGAAGACCAUCAGGGGUCACCAAGAAUAGUGAGAGACCAUCAGGGGUCACCAAGAAUAGUGAGAGACCAUCAGGGGUCACCAAGAAUAGUGAGAGACCAUCAGGGGUCACCAAGAAUAGUGAGAGACCAUCAGGGGUCACCAAGAAUAGUGAGAGACCAUCAGGGGUCACCAAGAAUAGUGAGAGACCAUCAGGGGUCACCAAGAAUAGUGAGAGACCAUCAGGGGUCACCAAGAAUAGUGAGAGACCAUCAGGGGUCACCAAGAAUAGUGAGAGACCAUCAGGGGUCACCAAGAAUAGUGAGAGACCAUCAGGGGUCACCAAGAAUAGUGAGAGACCAUCAGGGGUCACCAAGAAUAGUGGAGAACACACAAAAUUUCCAUCUGUUCUAUUAAAGUUCUUUGAGCCGCCGCGACACUCAGCCGCCCAACCCAGGACUGGAUAUACUAGCCCAGGACUGGAUAUACUAGCCCAGGACUGGAUAUACUUGCCCAGGACUGGAUAUACUAGCCCAGGACUGGAUAUACUAGCCCAGGACUGGAUAUACUUGCCCAGGACUGGAUAUACUAGCCCAGGACUGGAUAUACUAGUCCAGGACUGGAUAUAUUUGCCCAGGACUGGAUAUACUAGCCCAGGACUGGAUAUACUAGCCCAGGACUGGAUAUACUAG